AAGCUGCAACACCGGCGACGACCACAACAUAAACACACAGGCUCGCAGGUUCCUCCUGGAGUCUCUCAACAAUUGUCUGGCCUUCAACACUACAACACUUGCAGUCUACGGGUUGAAAGCAAACCCUCAAGCAUCUGUAGACGCGUGAUAAGUGGAAGAAGUAAUAGGUUUCGCUUUGCGGCAUCACAAUGGACAAUUCAUCAUGGACAGCGCCCCCAGGGGCGGCCCAACCCAUGGGGAUCCAAUCCACAGCAGGAGCCGUCCCUAUUAUGAACGAUAAAGGCGAGGUAUCGAUGAAGAAGGUCAAAGUGCAGCGCUAUGUGAGUGGCAAAAGACCAGAUUAUGCCCCAGCCUCGUCAGAUGAAGAGGAGGAGGAAGAUGAAGAUUUUACCAGACCACGAGGAGCUGCCCCUCCAUCUCCACAGCAGCAUAAGUCUCUCACCGAGGCAGAGAUGGCUGACCCUAGGCUGCGGCGUCUUUUGGCAAACCAACAGCAAGAAGAAGCAGUAAGAGAGGAAGAAAUGGAAACAGAUGUUCCUCGUCGGAGAGUAAUACAUCAGGCAGAGGUUGUAGAAGUGAGUGAGGAAGAGAAGGAAGAAGAAGAAGAAAUGGAAGAGGAAGAGGAUGAAGAAACAGAAGAGAAGGAGCCUACAAUGAAGCCAGAAAUGAGAACAAGCCAUCGUUUGGCAGAGUCUGACAGUGAAUCAGAAGACGAGGUCGACGAAGAUGAAUUAGCACUGCGUCGUCUCAAUCUCCGUCAACGAGCACUGCAAAAGAUUCAGCAAGAGGAAGAAUUAUUAGGAAAAGAAGAUGAAGGGAGUGAAGAAUCAUCAGAGGAAGAAAGUUCAGAAUAUUCUGAGGAAACAGACUCGGAGGAAGAAGGGCCAAGAUUAAAACCAGUCUUUGUACGGAAAAAGGACCGUGUCACAAUACACCAGAAGGAGCAACAACAAGCCAAAUUCAAGCAGCAAGAAGUAGAAAAUCGAAAAAGGGUAGAAGAACGACGGCGCGAGACGCUUCGAAUGAUCGAACAGGAACACCGGCAGGCAGCUACACUGCGUAACGCUUUAGAUAAUAAUGACCCUAUGAAUGCCAUCAACACAGAUGAUGAAGCUGAUGAUGCAGAGUAUGAAGCUUGGAAGCUAAGAGAAUUAAGACGACUAAAGAGAGAUAAGGAGGAACGUGACGCAGCAGAGAAGGAUCAUGAAGAAGUCGAAAAGUUGAGAACUAUGGGAGAGGAAGAAAGAAGAAUUGAACUUCGAAAUAAUCCAAAGGUAAUCACCAAUAAGGCCCAGAAAGGAAAGUACAAAUUCCUGCAGAAGUACUACCACAGAGGUGCCUUCUUUUUGGACCAAGAAGAAGAGGUCUUCAAGCGAGACUUCUCUGGUGCAACUCUUGAAGAUCACUUUGAUAAAACAAUUCUCCCUAAGGUGAUGCAAGUAAAGAACUUUGGACGCUCAGGACGCACCAAGUACACUCAUUUGGUUGAUCAAGAUACAACCUCGUUUGACUCUCCGUGGGCUUCAGACUCUCAGAUGAACCACAAGUUCUUCAAUGCCAAUGCAGGAGGCAUGAAACAGGUAUAUGAUCGGCCAGCACUAAAGAAGCGGAUACCUGCCACACCCACAAACAAUGCCAACCCGCGAAAAUAGAUAAUUCUCAGUGCAAUUAAAUGACAUAAAUAUUAAUAUUACCGUAUUACAUCCAAUUAAUUUUUUGUAAGAAACUGUCUUGACAAAAAAUAGGAAAAAACAUUUUUUAUUAGAAAUUGCCCUUUUAGACAAACUAUUAUUUUUGUGAAUUGUCAUUGCUUAGAAAUAACAUAGUUUGUCCUUUAUAUAAUGAUCCUUUACACACAACCAAGCAACGUUUUCUGCUUAGGAAAUUUUACUUGCUAAAGGAAGAUAUAUAGUGGCCCCUCUGUUUACGAAUUUAAUCUGUCCCCAGUGACAGUGCGUUACCCGAAAAUUCGCAACCUGAAGCGAAUUUUUCCAUAAGAAUAACGUAAAUUGAAUUAAUCUGUUCCACACUCCCAAAAAUAUUAACUUCAAAAUACAUUUCAUACCUAAUUCGCAUAAAUAUUUAGUUCUAUAGUCUGUACAAGUUAUAGCUUAUAUUUAUUGAUGACACUUGUUGGCAUAUGGAAGAUGGUGAGGAGGAGGAGGGGGGGAGGGAGGAGAGGGACUAGGAGAGGUGUUAGUGUUUGGAAGGGGAGUCCCCUACUAUUAUAAGAUCAAGCAGUGAUGCCUUCUCCGGGGUAUUCUCUAUCUCGUACAUUUUACCUGCAUACCACUAGGAACUGGUUGUGGCUCACUGUUUGUUUUUCUCACUAAAAACCUUUCCAUAGAGACUUGUUUUUCCCUAUGUUGUAACACUUUGUAGUGAGGCACCACAAUGUCAUUAAAAAAUUUAAGGCAACAGCCUAAUACAGCUUGCUCUGGGUGAGUCAUUUCAACAAAUGUGUGCAUUUCUUCCCAUAGUCUACACCGCUUCUUAAUUGUGGAGGAAGGGAUAUUCUGUACUGCCUCCUCCUUCUCUGAAGAAAUUUCCUCAGCUGCCUCUUGUUGCUGCUCCUUGUGAAGGGCUAGGAUUUCUUCGGUGGUCAGUUCCUUGCUGUGUUUCCCCACAAACUCUCAAAACGCUAUCAAUGCCACUUCUUUUUCUGAAUUUCUCAAACCAUCCCCUGCUCACUUUAAACUCUCUCGUAUCUGCAUCACUCGUUCUAGGGUUUUUCUUUAUAAGAUCUUCAUGCAAUAGCCUUGAUUUUUCACAAAUGAUAGCCUUUGAAACUAACUCCUAACUCCUAGCACUAACUGUUAUCACUAGCUAACUCCUUGUUGUGUAUUCAAAUUAAUAACAACUUUUCAACAUCCUCAAGUGUUUGUGUUCUUUGUUUCGUGAUUGUUGUUGAAACACCUUUUGCCAAUUUAGUACUCAUAAUGUCCUUUCUCUUAGCAAUUACAGUGCAUAUCGUUGACAUAGAUUUGUUGUACUGCCUAGCUAGUUCGACAGCCCGUGUACCAUUUUUCAUGUUUAUGAAUGAUCUCUUGCUUUUGCUCAAUGGUCAUCCUCACAUGCGUUUUCUUAGGUUGAACCUUACCACUGACUUUUUUUGGACCCAAGGUGUGAUAUACAAUUAUUACUUUUAUGUUCAAAACCCAAAAAAUCUGAAAAAUAACGAAAUUCUUUACAAAUCAUUCAUGCGCGAUCGUCACUAAGCGGGAGGCACCGGUCAACCAUGCCACCAGGAACCACCCAUAUGCGUAUCAGCAAACUACGUUACUCGAGGCAAAGUUUGUAACCCGAUUCACAUUUUAUGAAGAAAUUGGGCUCAUAACCCGAAAAGUUUGUAAAAAGGGGCAUUCGUAAGCUGAGGUGUCACUGUACCAUGUUGUAAAAUAUUUGUGAAUAAAUCUACUUUUAAGAA